AUGGGACUCGAGUGUAUUUAUCGUCCUCCGUUAACCAGCCUGGAGACGGAUGCAUCCGUUCUGGCUCGUCUGUCACACAUUGAGACGCGCCUGCAAGCCCUUGACCAGGGCCGUAUAGACCCGAGUUUCGCCACCACUCCUGCUCAAGAGGUUGCCGUUAUCAAGACGUGGCCCAGAGUGCCGGAUUUCCACCACGCAGCCGCCCAUAAAAUGUUCAACUACUGGUCGAGACUACGAAUCAACCUCGAUAUCCCUGGUCUACAGCCGCUUAAAUUUCUGGGCCAAGUAGAUGACAAUGACUCAGGCCUCUUUAGUGCUAAUUUCGAGAGCCCAGUCCCUGCAGAUAUACCCAUGUCCGUCGUGGUCAAGUGUAUCGAGUCCUUGUUCGCAAGUAUGGAGGAACUGCCUUUCGUCUUUAGGCAUCUCUUCUUGUAUGGAGGACUGUCGAACGAAGUAUGUCUCGACGUCUUGCGGCGGCAUUUAGAGGCGUCUCCAGGUCAAGAUGUCAUCCUCCUCUUCAAGGCACAAACCAUCGAAGAGCUCCUUAUUCAGGCCGUGGCUCUCAAACAUAUGGCGACCGUUACGGGGGACAACCGGUUGCUGGGUGAGAAAGCAGAUCUCUCGUUCCGAUAUGCUCUUCAACAGAUGUGGGUGCUGCAAGCCCAGCAAAGCCCACGAGCGCUACCAUUCCGAUUCUUGUUCGUCAUCAUGCUGCUCUAUCUUUAUGGGAGACCAUACCAUGCUUUGCGCAUCCUGCAAAGUCUUGAACCCCUGGUUUAUGGUCCUCCGCCAAAACCUCAAGACGACCCUGCGGUCAAAUCCCAGUAUGAAGCCUGUUUACACCAGUACUUUAUCCUGGAAAGCGAUAUACUGAGCGAAGUGGAUGGGUUGCCCUUAGAGCGUCUCCAUAACCUCUUCGUUGCGACAAUGACCCAAGACGCCGCGGCCACCCCUCCUAGCUUGUUCGGGAACGAACCGAUUGCAGCGUCGGUAGACAAUUAUCAGUCACAAGAACUCCUAGCUCACUUGCAGCUCAGGGCCUACAUGAACAAUAUUCUAGAACACAUGUACCAAAUCGAACGAGCCUAUUGCCGCCCCGAGGACGUUGCAGGGGUCGUCACCGAUAUUGCGCGACGUUUGGAUCUAUGGUAUUGGACCCUUCCUCUGAGCAUGAGAUUUCCUCGGCACCCGUCGUCUUUCUGUCUGGCAUCACACAAUAUGUCGCACAUCAUGGUAAGCAAAGAAACCCUUUUGGCUGUGAUGCAGUUUUCUCAUGUAUCCAGGACGAAUUGA